CCGCGUGGUGACGUCAGGCGUCGCAGCGCGGAGGAGGUGGAGGAUGGCGGCGGAGUGCAGAGCGGGGUGACGGGCUGAGAUACCCCAAUGAGGGACUCUGGACACCGCGACUGACUGCUUGAUUCUGUAGGUUGAGUCCUCGCAGACCAAUAUGUAGCAUGCAGGAGCGCGAGUCGACACUUACACGUUUCGGAGACAGACUGCGUUCGCCGUGUUAAUUCAGACUCAUUUCAUGAGGUGCCUGCCCUCCAUUCUGUAACCAUGAGCACCAACGUCGGAAAGGAGAAGGACCCCAAGGAGAAAGAAGCCAAGGUGACGGCCGCUUCCAAGGACCCUAAAGCCGGCAGCGGUCUCGUGAAAGAGACCAAGGAUAAGGACCUCAAGACCAAAGUUAAAGAAUCCAAAGAAGGAAAGAAAGAUGGCGGCGGCGCUCAGCCUGGAGUGGCUUUUUCCGUGGAUAACACGAUUAAACGUCCGAACCCCGCACCCGGCAUGCGUAAGAAGGCCAGCAACGCAGAGGUGAUAAAGGAACUGAAUAAAUGUCGGGAGGAGAACUCCACGCGCCUGGACUUGGCCAAGAAGUCCAUUCACCUUCUGCCGGCUUCCAUCAAGGAGCUGACGCAGCUCACGGAACUUUAUUUAUACAGCAACAAGCUGCAGUCGCUGCCGGCCGAGGUGGGCAGCCUCGUCAACCUGGUGACGCUGGCGCUGAGCGAGAACUCCCUGACCAGCCUGCCCGAGUCUCUGGACAACUUGAAGAAGCUGCGCAUGCUUGACUUGCGACACAACAAACUGAGGGAGAUCCCUCCGGUGGUUUAUAGGCUGAGCUCCCUGACCACGCUCUUCUUACGGUUCAAUCGCCUCACGUCUGUGGAGAAGGACAUCAAAACUCUGUCCAAGUUGACGAUGCUGAGCAUCCGAGAGAACAAGAUCAAGCAGCUGCCUGCGGAGAUCGGUGAAUUGUGUAACCUCAUUACGUUGGACGUGGCUCACAAUCAGCUGGAGCACCUUCCGAAAGAGAUCGGGAACUGCACCCAAAUCACCAACCUGGACCUGCAGCACAACGAGCUCCUGGACCUGCAGGACACCAUAGGGAACCUCUCCAGCCUGAAUCGCCUUGGGCUGCGAUACAACCGACUGUCCGCGAUACCCCGGUCUUUAUCCAAGUGCACCGAGCUGGACGAGCUGAACUUGGAAAACAACAACAUUUCUACGUUACCGGAGGGUCUCCUGUCCAGCCUGGUGAAAGUGACCAGCUUAACCCUCGCCCGGAACUGCUUCCAGUCCUUCCCAGUAGGGGGUCCGCUGCAAUUCUCCACCAUCUACUCGCUUAAUAUGGAGCAUAAUCGCAUUAACAAAAUCCCAUUCGGGAUUUUUUCCAGAGCUAAAUUAUUAAGCAAGCUGAACAUGAAGGACAAUCAGCUGGCCUCUCUCCCUCUGGAUUUUGGGACGUGGACGAGCAUGGUAGAAUUGAACCUGGCCACCAACCAGUUAACCAAAAUCCCCGAGGAUGUCUCUGGAUUGGUAUCCAUCGAGGUCCUCAUUCUGUCCAACAAUCUCCUUAAGAAACUUCCUCACGGCAUCGGGAAUCUCCGCAAGUUACGGGAGCUGGAUCUGGAAGAGAACAAGCUGGAGUGUCUGCCCAACGAGAUCGCGUAUCUGAAAGACCUGCAGAAAUUAGUCCUUACAAAUAACCAGUUGACCACCUUACCGAGAGGCAUCGGGCACCUUACAAACCUAACGCACCUGGGGCUCGGGGAGAACCUCCUCACCCACCUCCCGGAGGAGAUCGGUACGCUGGAGAACUUGGAGGAGCUGUAUCUGAACGAUAACCCCAAUCUGCACGGCUUGCCUUUCGAGCUCGCUCUAUGCAGCAAACUGUCGAUCAUGAGUAUCGAGAACUGCCCCCUCAGCCACCUCCCGCCGCAGAUCGUCGCAGGGGGUCCCUCCUUUAUCAUUCAGUUCCUGAAGAUGCAGGGUCCUUACCGUGCCAUGGUGUAGCGCGAGCCUGACGUCCUCACACUGUACAAACCCGCAUUCAUGUUGUGUUCAAACAUAUAUCUGUAUCUAGGCCGGGAUGUGGAUAUAGAUCUAUGAAUUCUAUAUAUAUGUACAUGUACCGACACGCCGAUUAUUGAGACUGCAUUAUGUGUUUCUGCUAAUAGAGGAAUCAUAGCCAUUUAGACUUUUUUUUAUUAUUAUUAUUACGUAAACAAUAUUUGCUUUGUCCGAGCAUUUUCUUUGCUGAGUUUUGUGUCCCCCCUCCCCCCCUUCAUUUGCUCUGUUUAGUUAUUGUGCCCCCAAAUGCCGUUCGGUGCCGAUUGGUUGACAGCGUUGUGACCAGAGCCUGUAGCUGUGUUACAUGGGACGUUUUGCCAUUUAGCAGGUCAGCGCCUGCCUACAUAAAAGGCUUUUCAUCUCUUCCACUGCCCCGUCCCCUCAAAAAAAAAAAAU